AUGGGAGACUCCUACCGACCAGAGCGUGAAGGGCGUGAGCGUGGGCCACGAUCGCCUCGGAAGCGGUCGCCUCGACCAGCACGACCAGACCGCUCUCCCGAUCGUUCUCCCGAUGGCAAAAGGAUGAAGGGAGCAACAGAAGCAGGCGCGCCAUCACCAUCUGCACGACCGGCCGAAACGAGAGCGCUGGCUCGACGGGGUCGACGGACGCCGCCACCAGAGCCGACAGACGAGCAGAAGCAGGCAGCAGCCAAGGCAGAGUACAACCGGCUGCUGACGGCACGAUCCGGAGGCGUGUACGUGCCACCAGCACGGCUGCGGGCGCUGCAGGCGUCCGUGCAGGACAAGACGUCGCGAGAGUACCAGCGGAUGGCGUGGGAGGCGCUGAAGAAGUCGAUCAACGGGCUGGUCAACAAGGCGACGGCAGGCAACAUGCGGCAGAUCAUCAACGAGCUGUUUGGGGAGAAUCUGGUGCGUGGACGCGGGCUGCUGGCACAAAGCCUGAUCAAGGCGCAGUACGCGUCUCUGCCCUUUACGCCGGUGUACGCGUGCAUUGCGGCGUGCGUCAACAGCAAGCUGCCGGCCGUGGGUGAGCUGCUGCUGCGGCGGCUGCUGCUGCGUUUCCGCAAAGGCUUCCGGCGCAACGACAAGGCGGUCUGCCGCAGCGCGGCCACCUUUCUGGCACACCUGGUCAACACGCAGGUGGCCGAUGAGAUGCUGGCGGCCCAGAUGCUGCUGCUGCUGCUGCACAGCCCGACGGAUGACAGUGUCGAGAUCGCGGUCGGGCUGACGCGCGAGGUCGGCCACUACCUCGAGACGAUGAACCCGACCGUGCUCGUGGUCGUGUUCGAUCGCUUCCACCACAUCCUGAACGAGGCCGACAUCGACCGGCGGACCCAGUACGCGAUCGAGGUGCUGUUUCAGAACCGCCGCGACGGCUUCAAGGACCAGCCGGCCGUGCGCGAGGACCUCGACCUGAUCGAGGAGGAGGACCAGGUGAAACACCUGGUCGAGCUGGACGGCAAGCUCGAAGACGAGCCCACGCUCAACAUCUUCCGCUACGACGACCAGUGGGAGGAGCACGAGCGCGAAUACGGCCGGCUGCGGCGGGAGAUCCUGAACGAGAGCGAGGACGGCAGCAGUGCUGGCUCGGGCUCGGACGCGAGCUCGGACGCGGGCUCGGAUUCCGGCUCCAGCUCCGAGGACGAGCACGAGACCGAGCAGAAGGCGCUCGACAUCAAGGACCGGACAAACGCAGAUCUGGUGGCGCUGCGCCGGACCAUUUACCUGACGAUCCAGAGCUCGAUGAACGCGGACGAGGCAGUGCACAAGCUGCUGGCCGUGGACCUGCCCGAGGGCCGCGAGGCUGAGCUGCCGUCGAUGGUGGUGGAGUGCUGCUCGCAGGAGCGCACGUACACCAAGUUCUUUGGUCUCCUGGCCGAGCGUCUGGCCAAGCUGAACCGCCGGUGGGCCGGCCUGUUUGAGGAAGCCUUUGCGCGCUACUACGGCACCAUUCACCGCUACGAGACGGCCAAGCUGCGCAACAUGGCCUGUCUGUUCGGGCACCUGCUGGCGAGCGACGCGCUCGGCUGGUAUGUCCUGUCGAGUGUUCGUCUGACCGAGGACGAGACGACGAGCGCGAGCCGCAUCUUUGUCAAGAUCCUCUUCCAGGAAAUGGCCGAGGCCAUGGGACUGCCACGGCUGCGUGCCCGCCUGGCCGAGCCCGAGCUGCGGCCCAGCCUCGAUGGACUCUUUCCCGACGACGGCAAUGCGCGUCACCUGCGCUUCAGCAUCAACUAUUUCACCAGCAUCGGCAUGGGCGCUCUGACCGAAGACAUGCGCGAGCGCCUGGCGAAUCUGCCGAAACCAGCACUGCCAGCACCGGCCGACCAGAACGCCAACGACAACGACAACCACCACUCGGCCUCGUCUUACUCCUCGUCUUCCUACACCGGCUCUUCCUACUCACGCUCACCGUCUCGCGAGCCGUCUCGUCGUGGCCGUCCGGCUCAGCGGAGGCCAGCUGGAUCUUCGCGUUCGCGCUCGCCUUUGUCCAAUUCUCGGUCUCGCUCUCGAUCUCGCUCUCGUUCUCGCUCUCGUUUCGACUCCCGCUCUCGCUCCCGCUCUCGAUCUCGAUCCCCUGCCCGACGACGCAGCCGCUCCUACUCCUCGGUCGGCUCCUACUCUCGCUCGCCCUCACCGCCGGCCGAGUCGUCCCGUCGUGGCCGUCGUCCGUCUGGCAGCCGCAGCCCCUCGCGCUCACCACUACCGCCGCCAAGAACCGCUCCCGCUGGCCGGCCACGGAGACCAUCGCUCUCGCCCUCGCCACCGCCAAUCUCGGGCGCCCGUCGUCGUCGGCGCAGCGACAGCCUCUCUAGCCGCAGCAGCGAAGGACCGCCCAAGAAGCAUCGGCGGGGAGGCUGA